UGAUCCCAAAAUGGUGAUUCUUUUCAACGUGAUCCGGUGAUCUCUCCAGGCAAGAGAUCUGAGAUGGCGCUUACUGGCUGCCUGACUGCCUUCCAGAGAAGGAUCUGCGUGAUAUAUGUAGGAUCCAAGAAGCAGCUCCUUCAGCGACCUACAAGCAAGGACUUCAGUGGCGGACUCUGCACAAGGCGGCUGUCUGGGGGAUGUUUGAAAAGAGGACGGGCCUCCGGGGUGCUAUCCUUGAAUCCUUCCCCCCAUGGUCCCCCCUGGUCUUUCCUCGGCCUUCCCCUCGGCCUCUUCUUUGAAGGCCGGCAUCGCGGCUUCGCGAAAGCUGCCAAGCCAAAGAGCGUCCGGCAUGCCAAAGCCGCCGACGAGGCUGCUCCCAUUUUCCAAUAUGUGGGAGACCGAGCCAAAAGGAAGGACCGGGUCUUCGUGUGUGGCUUCACCUACUCGGGGGCUCUGGGCAUCCCUUCCUUUAUCGUCCCGGAUGCAGGGAAAAUUCGAAGGCGGAUCCAACCCACGCCUUACCGCCUGGACAUGAACGAGAAGAUUUCUUCUGCUGCCUGUGGCUACGGGUUCACACUUCUGUCAUCCAGAACAAUGGAUAUUAACAAGAUCUGGGGAAUGGGGCUGAAUAAAGAUUCUCAGAUUGGAUUUCACAGGAGCAGGAAAAAUAAAACUAAAGGCUAUGAAUAUGUCUUGGAGCCAAGCCCUGUUCCCUUGCCACUGGCCAAGCCACAGCACAGCAGAGUUUUGCAAGUAUCUUGUGGGAGAGCACAUUCUUUGGUGUUAACAGAAGAAGGAGUCUUUAGCAUGGGCAACAACGCUUAUGGCCAGUGUGGCCGAAAAGUGAUUGAAGGUGAAAUAUACAGUGAGAGCCAGAUCAUUAACAAACUACAAGGAUUUGAAGAUAGAGUGGUCCAAGUUGCCUGUGGGCAGGACCAUAGCCUCUUCCGGACGGAGAAAGGAGAUGUCUAUUCUUGUGGUUGGGGAGCUGAUGGCCAGACAG